AUGCAUACCUAUAUCUAUCUUCCCACAACAGGCCUACUGCGCAAGCGCCUAGACAUAGAGCCGGUACUCACUUUGGUGGGCUACUGUGUUGGAAAUACCUACAUUGUUGUCGAUUAUCUUUCACACAUUCCAGUUGAUGUUGCAGAGAUUGACCCUGAGCUACGCACUUUGGGCUACUUGAUCAAAGAUAGGAACAUUUCAGUGACCGAGGAAAAUGCCUCAGACAUUAUUCUACGAUAUGUGAACGGAUACAAGUACCCUAUUGUUGACAGCAAGCUUUCGCUGUCAAACCACUCUUUCACAGUAAUAAUAUUCUCUCCACCAAAACUUCAAAAUCUCGAAUACUUCACCAUUAAUCCGAUUUUACUUCAAGGCGCAGAGGUUGAGCCUCAAAUCGAUUUCCUCUAUAAAUCGAUUGCGCGGCAUCGCAGAUACAGCGAAAUCAAUCCAGUCGUUUAUCUAUCAGAUCUGUCUGUGCUUGAACGUAUCAACCACUGUCAAGAAACUCGCACAGAGCUUGGAUGUAUCUUAUCUAAUCUAAACUCGAGUCCUUUUAGGAAGCUCUUGAUCUUUCCAUCAUUUUUUAAGGCAUUUUUGUUCCUUUUAAUGUCGAUUGCACAGUGGUUGAUAACCCGGGCGUUAUCGCUCUUUGUCACAAUUGUUGCAUUGCUCAAUAGUGAAAUUUACGGAGUAGUGCCGGUUGAAAUAUCGUCACUCUGCAGACAGUUGAAUCUUCGAUUGAAACAAUUGAGUUUCCUUCCAAUUCAGUUUCUCUGUUAUUACAAAGGGGAUGUUUUAUCCUCACAAUCAAGACAUUUACUCCUGCUAUCAUUCCCAAAUGAGAAUCACAACAUUAAAAAUUCGAAUUACAUCAAUUUCUACAACACUUUGUGGCUGAUGCUAAAUGAUAUGAUUCUCGGUGGGCUUUUCUAUUCUAUUUGGAAGGACAAUGAAGAGUUUUUUGCAAGUCAAAUUCAAUCUUUCAACUCUAUCGCAUUUGGAGAACUUAACAUUCUUAUCUCCUGGGUCGGUUCCAACCAUCCCGCAGGCUUUAAAUUAAAUGAUGAUUUAGGGCGCUUCAUGGAAGCCAUGCUACUAUGGACCUCAUUAUCAUGGCAGCUCAUGACCGAGAUUUGUUGGCAAAUCUACGGAGCAUUUCCACUUCUUCAAAGCUUGUCGGGACAUUCUUUUAGUUUCUUAUGCUUUUGGGGAUUCUCCUUUGCUUUAGCAUUCUUCAUCGAUUAUAUGAAGUUUGUUAGUCUUCAUAUCUCAUUUUUUAAUCUUUCAACCUGUAAAAUAUAUCACCAACAAGUUGAAAUGUUGAAAUCACUUAUGCAAUUAUUCCGGGGCAAAAAGUAUAAUGUGUUGAGAAGCCGUAUUGAUAGCAUUGAGGAGGACGACUAUCGAAUCGACCAAUUAUUGUUGGGUACGUUUUGCUUCAUCAUUCUCAUUUAUUUACUUCCUACUACAUUUGCUUUUUACUUUUUAUUCUAUGCCGCCUGCGUGGCCCUCUUAACAUUGACAAAGUUGGGAGAGAAAGUAAUUGCAAUCAUAAAUUUCUUCCCGAUCUUUAUUCUUACACUCAAAUUAAAGAAUUCGCGUCGAUUGCAAGGAGGAAUUUAUUUCCAAAGCAAAGGAAGUUACAAGGAGACGAAUUGGCUCGUUAUGCGUAAUAGAGCUUUGACCCUAGAAAACAUUUUGAGUCCAUUUUUCAUAAUUUUCAGAAAACAGGGGCGCAUUAAUCGUGGAUUUUUCAAUUUUAUUGCGGGAAAAAGAGUUGAGGUGGAGGAAUGCACCCAAGAGAAGUUCAAAUACCUUAUGCUCCCUGACGAUUACAGCCAUCUCACAGAGGUUUGGCAAAGCAUCCAAUAA